GUUCCAGAAUUCGGGGGUUCUUCUUAAAGCUUCUUCUGAUGAUGAAUUCUGAUCAGCUUCAUUACAGCAUACAGACAAUCAUAAAGCAGCACUCCAACGUACGUACUACUGUAGCAGCAGCAGUGGUAGUAGUUACUGCUCUCUUCCACGCGGCUUCCUUUCCUCGAUAUCAGUAGUAUUUUCACACUCAUCACCAUUUGCCCUUUUUUUUCAAUCUUCUCCUGCGCGAUACGCUGCUCGCAAGUCACACCCUUAACCGAAACCCAGUCCCGAAUCCCGACCGUUCACCUGUCAUACUUUUCCACAUAUCUCACAGCCAAAACUCAAGUCAACAGUCAACAUAAACCCAUCCAAACAUCCAGGUGCCCAGCCAAACAGACCUUUCUCUUUCUGAGCUUUACUGAACGAACCCUUCCAUCAUUUUUCGUCCAAAAAAUUAUGCGUACAUCAGUAAGUAAGGUAAGAAUUAUAAAUACACAACCCAACGCACGCAUAAACACACAAUCACACACACAGAGACAGGAAACAGAGAGAGAUUCGUCUAAACUUUGGGUCGGGGGAAAAGCAUAGACAGUGAGGAGGGGGAAGCGUAUUCCUCGUGAGCCCUGCAGGCCCUGCAACGCAAUAUAAUUAUACGCUGCUACUACUACUACGAUAGAGUAUAUGGCCUAGUACUCCCAAUCCAUUCUCCUUUCACCCCUUCCUUUGCCUCUUCCUUCCCCCCAGCACUAGCCGCCCCAUCUGCCAUCUGGGGUCCCCCACCUUUUUUGCAUAUAAAGGCCAUAACCACAGGGAAAGCAACUGUUUUCUGCGUGUUUUUCUGUGUGUGUGUGUGUGUGUGCGCGAGAAGGACAGAGAGGAGGCAGGCGGAAAGCAAGAAAGAUGAUGUGGGAAGCUGGAGGAUCAACUGCAUCAUCAUCAGCGGCCGGUGGCAGCGGUGGUGGUGGAGGUGGAGGAGGAGAAGGAGGAGGAAGUGGUGGCGUGGUUAAUGGGAGGAGGAAGCCUUCAUGGAGGGAGAGGGAGAAUAAUAGGAGGAGGGAAAGGAGGAGAAGAGCUAUUGCGGCUAAGAUUUAUGCUGGGCUGAGAGCUCAGGGAAAUUAUAAUCUCCCCAAGCACUGUGAUAACAAUGAGGUCUUGAAGGCUCUCUGUGCUGAAGCUGGUUGGAUUGUUGAGUCUGAUGGCACCACUUAUAGAAAGGGAUGCAGGCCACCUCCAAUCGAGAUUGGAAGCACUUCAGCAAACAUCACACCAAGCUCUUCCAGGAAUCCCAGUCCACCUUCUUCCUAUUUUGCGAGUCCAAUUCCUUCUUAUCAACCGAGCCCCUUGUCCUCUUCCUGCCCUAGUCCAACCCGUCAGGAGCCCAACAUGGCAUCUCAUCCAUUUGCAUUUCUCAGGAACUCCAUUCCUUCAUCUCUGCCUCCACUCCGAAUAUCGAAUAGCGCCCCUGUGACUCCACCUCUUUCCUCCCCAACUAGACUUCCUAAGCAAAUUUUUAAUCUAGAGGCCCUUGCCAAAGAGUCCAUGAAUGCCUUGAACAUCCCUUUCUUUGCUGCCUCUGCGCCAGCAAGUCCAACAAGAGGCCAACGAUUUACUCCGGCCACUAUACCUGAAUGCGAUGAGUCAGACUCAUCCACAAUUGAUUCAGGCCAAUGGAUGAAUUUCCAAACAUAUGCACCUAAUAUGGUGCCAACUUCACCAACCUUUAAUCUGAUGAAACCCAUGGCUCAACCAGUUUCUCCCAUGGAUGUUGUCUCAGGAAAGGGUAAAGGUAUAGAGUUUGACUUUGAGAAGCUACCAGUUAAGGCGUGGGAAGGGGAGAGGAUUCAUGAAGUUGGAUUGGAUGAUUUGGAGCUCACACUAGGAAGCGGAAAUGCUCGCAUUUGAGUGAUCUAUCGCAUGAUUCCAUGGAUGACAUCUUUGAAUGGCAAUCCGGAAAUGCAUUCGAGCAGAGUCUCCCUUCGUGGUUGGAGGAUCCUUUCAUUUUACUUAGCUCAAACUUUGAUGCUGCUUAAGUGUAGAGAUUAGGAUGGGAUUGAUUUUCAGUUCAUUUUCUUUUGUUCUUUUUCCCUUCUAUUGUUAGUUCUUGCGGACCCCUGCAUAAUUUGUUUGGGCGUCUCCAAAGCAUUACAUGUAGAUAAUUCUCUGUUAUCUAUCCAUUACAAUCAAGAAUUAUUUUCUUCGAUGUAGGCUAUACUGGGAAGGGUUUCACAAAUUUGGAACUGUUUUGAGGAUUUGUCUUCAAUUGAUGCAUAACGUUACUGCAUGUUUUGUAUGUUUCCUUGGCAUUUCAUGCUAUAUAUUGGAUUUGCAUCUGUAUACAUGCAUGUAUUGGAUGAUGAUUAGGGAUUGCUUGCCCUCGUCCAUUUCCCACUCUGUUUUUCAAGAGAAGAUUUUGAUAGAAACUCCAUUAACACACUUUUUGGAGCGUCCUGUUUCUUCCCUGACAUGUAAAUGAGGUUCGAUGUCGAUGCAUAAUUGGUAUGAGCUUUAAAGUUUGAUGCUUU